GAUCAAGAGAUUCUUGUUCAGAUGCCCAGUUCUAUAUUCAGCACUUAAUCCGCAAGCUAGGAAAUGAGCCAUUUAUUGGUCAACGUAUAAUUCUUUCGGUUUCUCAAAAGAUUUCUGUUGUAGCAGAAAGUUUACUUCUCAUGGAUCCAUUUGAUGAUUCUUUCCCUUCUAUGCACGACAGCAUGUUUAUGAUGAUUCAAGUUAUGGAGUUCCUGAUAUUGGAUUAUAUGAAAAACUGGUUGAGUGAUGAAUAUUUUGAUCCAAAGCUUUUUGAAGAAUGGGUGAGCUCUGUUCUACAAGCUCGCAAGAACUUGGAACUCUUGGAAUUCAGGAGUGGGCUAUAUAUGCUAUAUGCAGAACGAGUAAUUGGGGAAUUAGCAAAGCUGGUGGGUCCAUUUGCUCGUCAAGGGAAGCUUGAGUUACGCAUUCUUUCGAACCUUUUCUGCUGAUGGUCUUUUACUUUUGCCAAGCUUGAGUUACGCACUCUUUCGAACCUUUUCUGCUGAUGGUCUUUUACUUUUGCCUGUUCAUUCUUUGAAGUUCAGUCUCUAUUUUUUUAUAUAAAAAAAUAUUCGCAUUCAUUAGUGCAAUGGAAUCAAAUGAUCUUAUCUGAUUCGAAAAAAUUAGUGCAUUCGCUAAUGGAACUUUCUUUUUAAAAAAUAUAUUCUUUGGUAUAAGAUGCUUCGACAAAUUUAUAUAGCAUUAUAAAAGCCUCAUGCAUGUUGUCAUAUGAAUUUAUUUAUGACAUCUGAUUGUGAUUGUCGGCUGUUCUGUUUCUAUGUCAAACUUCAACAAAAUUUGCUUGUCAAGAGCUUUCCUCGCCAUUACUAAUGUCAAUUCCUUACCUAAAUUCUUCUAUUCGACUCUUAUACCUGCCAAAGUAUGCUAGGGAGAAGAAUUUCCCUUCAGCCUCUGUCACAUUGUCCAUGUCAUUCUCUGAUGACGGAUUUACAAAAUUAUGUGCAUUAAGUGCUUGUGUGAAGGGUUCAAUUUGAAAUGCCUCUUGGUGAUCAUGUGGCUUGUUAGCUGACUGGCAGUUGCUAACUGUUUGAUUAGGACACUGUUGACACAAGCCAUAGUCUCACUUGCAUAAAGGCAUCAUUACAGCUUAAUUUCUCAGUUCCUCAAGAAAAAAGGUUCUUAAAGAGUAGUCAAUUGAACUCUAUGAAUUAAGAAUUGCCCUUUCUUGAACUGGUUUCUGUUGUUAUUUGUCAACACAUGGUGCAAUCUGGUCUAAAAGAGUAGCCCCAUCUUGUUUUGGUUCUGCAGCUGCUAUGCUGAAAUUCUAUACUUCCAUAUUCCUGAAGUCCUUGUUCUCCUGCAUUUAGAGUUCGUGUUGUGUCGGCGGAGAUGGCUAUGAUUGAGUUCAAAAGGAAGUAGACAAUGCAAUACACUCCAGCAUUAGAGGAUGGAAGAAUGGUCCAUACUAUUUUACAGUUUCAUAAAAUGCAAUAUCCUUUUUCACAUGCUUGGUUUUCAAACCAAUGCUUUUUCUUUGUAUGUUUUUCUUGUUGCUAGGUUUUGCCUAUGAAGAGGUAUGUCACUUCACGCAGGUGCAUCUAGAAGGUAUAGCAUUAAACCUCUAUAUAUUCUCGAAAUUAAUUCAACUAAGAUGCUCUUGAUCUCUAUCUGAGCUUGUACGUCUGGCAUUCCAAGUGACAAAGAAUUCGUGGUCCCAAAGCACUCUUAAGUUGUUCUCCAAGCGUGCAAAAAGAGAGCUUCUCUCGUGCCUUUUUCGGUGGCCGUGAUCCUUUUUUCAGUUUGCCUUAUGGGCACAAGGAUGCCUGUUUCAUUUCAUUUGCUUUUCCUCUCAAUAGAACAGUGCCAGAGCACGCGCAAUUGGCAUUAGAACGCCUGAAAUUUCACACCAGAUGGCUCGUGUGCGCUUAAGAAUCCUGGUCCCUUUAUUGCUGAUUCUGCUCCCAAUUUGGCUUCCAGCUAUCAGAAACUCAGAAAAGCGAAGGUGGCAAUCCUUUUUUCAGCCGUCUGCUUGUAGCUUUCCGCCCAGAAAGCCUAUAAAUCCCCCUGGCUAGCUCCUAAAAUCUUUUCAGAAACAAAGUGCUAACUGCUCACUUAGUCACUUUCACAGAUGAACGCUGGUCAUUUCCCAUUUUUUCUCCUCAUCCUUUUCCUCCAACCAAUUUGGAGUGUGUCUAAUGAAAGCACUAGUGGUAAGACUGCUGGAGUUCCCCAAUCAGCAGAACAAUUUCAAGGUUUGGAUCCUCAAACUGCUUUGUUUUUAGUUACCACAGUGACCUGAUUUGUUCAUGAGGCACUACUCAUUUCCAAGGAGAAACCACUAAAAAACUUCCUUGACUCAUCCUUCUGUAGUUUACAAGUUCUAACAAAAAAAAAUCGUCUUCUCUGCGAGGCUUUCCUAGGCCUAGAUGCCACCGCAAAGCUGAGCGAAGACCUGGAUCCUAUGAAAGGGUUGAGUCACUCGGGGAAAGGUGGCGCUGGAGGCAAAGGUGGUGGGAGAAGCGCUGGUGGUGGCGGUUCACAAGCUGCCCGUGAGCCACGUUCGGAACGAAGUAGUGAUGCACCAUCUAUCCUAUUGUUAAGUCUUUCCUUCACACAAGUCAUCUUCCAUGAGCUCCUUGUCUCUGUUUUACUUUUCUGAGUUUGGACUUCAAAAUUAGCAUAUUUGUACCAUCCGGAAUGAGCAUGUGUCUUUGAUCAUUGUUGUUGUGGUAUGGAUACUGAUUAAGAAAUAAAAUUAUUGUUUGGAGUUGGAGUCGUCAGAA